UCAUUAGCGAUGUAAGAAGAAGAGGAUUAUGGAAAUGUUCCAAGAAAUUUAUUUAUUUUUACACCGUUAGUUUAUGUUGCUUCAAUUUCUUGUAAAGAUAGGAAAGUUCGGUAAAUAUUUUACAAAUUUUAAGUGUGUAAGGAACAUAUCAUUAAGCAUGGCGGCCUCAAACGAGGAAAGUAACAAAGAAAACGUAGCGGAUGGAGAAACAGAACAAAUUGUGACCAUGGAGAAGGUUGUUGCAGCGGAUAACAAGGGAAUCGACUACGACAAGCUUAUCAGGCACUUUGGUUGUUCUAAAUUGGAAGAAAAACACAAGGAAAAGAUAGAGAAAUUAACGGAAAAAGCACCACAUCAUUUGUUAAGAAGGGGUGUCUUCUUUUCACACAGGGAUCUUGACUAUGUCCUGGAUAUGUAUGAAAAGGGAAAGCCUUUUUACUUAUAUACUGGAAGAGGCCCAUCUUCAGAAGCCAUGCACAUGGGACAUCUGAUUCCGUUUAUCUUCACAAAAUAUCUUCAAGAUGCUUUCAAUGUGCCUCUGGUAAUUCAACUCACAGACGAUGAAAAGUUUUUUCUGAAGGACUUAGAUUGUGAAGAAACUCACAGACUGGCUUACGAAAAUGCUAAAGAUAUCAUAGCUGUUGGCUUUGAUGUGAAGAAGACUUUUAUCUUCUCUGACAUUGAUUACAUAGGGAGUAGCUCUGAGUUUUACAAGAACAUUAUUAAAAUACAAAGGUGUGUAACUUACAACCAAGUUAAAGCAAUCUUUGGAUUUGAUGAGAGUUCUUGUAUAGGUAAAAUAGCUUUUCCUGCCAUUCAAGCAGCUCCAUCAUUUAGCCACUCUUUCCCUCACACAUUUGGAAGCAGAAAAGAUAUCCCAUGUCUUAUUCCUUGUGCAAUUGACCAGGAUCCUUACUUCAGGAUGACUCGUGAUGUUGCUCCACGGCUGGGUUGCCCAAAACCAUCUCUGAUAUUUUCCACGUUCUUUCCUGCUCUGCAAGGUGCAAAAACAAAAAUGAGCUCCAGUGAUCCAACUUCUUCCAUCUUCCUCACUGAUUCCCCAGCUCAGAUUAAAAAGAAGGUUAAUAAGUAUGCUUUUUCUGGUGGUUGUGAUACAGUGGAAGAUCACAGGAAAUAUGGUGGAGAUAUAACAGUAGAUAUUGCUUAUCAGUAUCUCACUUUCUUCCUUGAGGAUGAUGAAAAACUUGCCCAAAUAAAAGAGGAUUAUUCUACUGGAAAGAUGUUGUCAGGGGAAAUCAAGAAGGAACUCAUUUCAGUUUUGCAGCCCCUGGUUGCAGAACAUCAAGAGAGAAGGAAACUAGUCACAGAAGAAGUUGUUAAAGAGUUCAUGACUCCAAGGAAGUUAGAAUUUGCAGGAUUUAACUCCUGAGCACAGGUUAAAUCUAGCUAUGAACAGUUUCCAAAAACUAUACGAUGUAUAAUGUUACAAGAGUGGUAAUAAGAUUUUAAAACGUAUGUGGAACGUGUAUUUCUUUUUUUUUUUUGCACAAGUAGAAUGUUAUCCAUGGAAAGCAGGCAGCAAAUAGAUCAGUGAUACUGAAUUAAGCCAGUUGUCAGCACUUAAUUUAUUUCUAACCCCAACGUUUAAGGAUUGUAUGCUAGGUUAUGCAUUAAGUUCCAAGUGGUAGUACAUUUUAGUCACCGUGCUCAAUAAAAUGACGUGUGCAGACGGUUUCAAAA